AUGUCAGCGCUGGACAUCAAUUGGCUCCGUCCUGUAACGCCAGACAGUCCGACGCCACUGCAAAUACUCAUUGAUUGGUUUGCAUAUAAUGGUGUUGUCUAUCAUGCUUCUGCACAUCAGCGUGAGGUAUUAGGACCUUUGUGUAGAGAACUCAAUGCGCGCGGGCUCCAAUGCGAAGUGGAUCAGAUUUUAGAUUAUAUUAGUUACUUACAGGAAAUUGUACAUGAAGCUGCAACAAUGAAUCGAGAUCUUACAAAACCACUUCGACCUUAUCAAGAACAUUUACAGCAGCUAUUAUUCAAGGACGGUCACGUGGAUACUGCCAUUGUUCAGCAAAAAGGACGAAGUCGCGUUUCAAGUCGUUUGUCGUGGCUCGAACCUUCUGCCUAUAGCGGUCCAAGUGGAAUGGAAGUGCUAGUUGACUGGCUCAAGUUGAACUACAGUGCGUAUGCUCAUGCUACGAGAAAGGGAGAAAAAGGAGAGAUGCUGAGGGAGCUGGUAAAAGAGAUGAAGAAGGCUGGGAUCCAGGAUUGUGCUGUGAACACAGUUCGAGCAAAGAUUGAUGUUUUACACAAAGAGGUGAAAGGUGAGAAGACGCGAUCGGCUGCCUGGGAGCAGUUUGGAUCGGUGCUUGAAGAGAUUUUUACAAUGGGAGAUGCUGGCCAGGAAGGCGAGGCUGAAAAAGAUGACGCUGAGAGUUUUGAGAGCCAGGAAGAUGAGGUUAUCAAUGAUGGUGAGGAUCGGGAUGAUGCAAUGGAAGAGUCUAAUCAGCUCAAUAGCCUUGUCAGUCAACAGUCCACUGUCAAACUGAUGCCUACGAAUCGAAGAAAAGCAUUGUCGAUGACAGCAAGGCUUCUGUAG